AUGGACAAAAGUUGGAUUUCACGUAAGCGUACUACCCCUGAUUUUGGUCAAGGGGUUGAGGAGUUCAUUCGUAUUGUACUUACACGUAAAAAGGAAGGAGAAAAAAUGUGUUGUCCUUGUAAGAGUUGUGGUAAUAUGCAUAAGGUGUCUACAGAAGAUGAAUUACGAGAUCAUAUUUUUUGGAAUGGUUUUUCCAAAAAUUAUAAUGAUUGGAUAUGGCAUGGUGAAUGGGAAACGGGUACUGAGAAUCAUAGCUACGAAGACCAUGCAAAGGACUUAAAUACUCACCAUGGUAAUGAAAAUGAGGUGCUUGAUGAGGUGUUUGAUGAGAUGUUUCAUGAUACAGAGGAUGAUCUCACAGAGGGGCCACCUAUUGACGAAAGUUUGUUGACUAAUGCCGAGACACCUUUGUAUCCAGGGUGCAGUAAGUACACUCGAUUCACAAGUUCACUAGAAUUAUUUGAACUGAAAGCGGAAGCCCGGUGGACUGAUUAUCAUUACUCAAAAUUGAUGGCAAAAUUUAAAGAUAUGUUUCCCAAAGGUAACACGCUUCCGAGUUCUAAGGAGAUGUUGUGUCCGAUGGGUUUGGAUGCUGAGAAAAUACAUGCUUGCCCUAAUGAUUGCGUAUUGUAUCGAAAGGAUUAUAAUGAUUUGCAUGAAUGUCCAACUUGUUGGACAUCGCGAUAUAAGGUGAAGAGAAACGGUAAAAACACCAAUGAACCUGCUAAGGCGGGGGAAAAAAAAGAUGGGAUGCUUCGGCAUGCUGCUGAUUCCCCUCAAUGGAAACAUAUUGAUACUACUUUUCCGAAUUUUAGUCGUGAAGCGAGGAAUUUAAGGCUAGGCUUAUGUACAGAUGGAAUCAACCCAUUUGAUGUGUACUUGGCACCAGUGAUUGAGGAUUUGAAGAAGUUGUGGGAUGAAGGUGAGCGUGUGUAUGAUGAAUAUCGUAAGGAAACAUUUACUUUGCGUGUUAUGCUCUUCUGCACAAUUAAUGACUUUCUUGCGUAUGGGAAUUUAACUGGCAAUAUUUUCAAGGGAUACAAAGCUUGUCCGAUUUGUGAAGAGGAUACCAAAGCUGUUCAAUUGAGGAGCAGUAAGAAGGUUGUAUACCCAUUUCAACGAGUAUUUCUACCUCACAAUCACCCUUAUCGUUGGCUUCGCAAGGAUUUUAAUGGAAAUCCAGAACAUAGAUCUCCUACGAGGAAGACUAAAGAUGGAAAGAAGGCUAGAAAUGACAUGGUCAAGAUGGGAAUACGCCUUGAAUUGAAACCUACAAAAAAGGGAAAGCGAUAUUACCUACCUCCAGCUUGUUAUACUUUAUCGAAUAAGGAGAAAUAA